AAGAAUGAGGAUCGGGGGUCCAAAGAAAAAACUCAUUAUAACAACAAGAACAACAACAAAAGGUACACUUUUUAUCCUUUUUAUCACAUUAACACCGAUAGCAUGUUCAACAGCCGCUGCAGCUGCCGGAAUUUUGGACCCGUGGCAAUGGACACGAAGUGAUAAAAUUGAAGUUAAUAUACCGUGGUUGCCAUUUGAAAAUGAAACGAGGUGUUAUGAUGAACUCGGCUGUCUCAAUAUAACUAGGAGCUGGUACCAUUUGAUACAUCGGCCGCUCAAUGUCUUUCCUUUGCCCCGGGAAGAAAUGAGAAAUGAAUUACUGCAACAUGGUGACUACAACAUAAUUAUCGUUGAUUGGGCUGGAGGAAGUUUACCGCUGUACACCCAAGCAACAGCCAACACUAGACUUACGAAUUAUGGGUUGGAGAUGGGCGAUGUCCACCUAAUAGGCCACAGUCUUGGUGCUCAUACUGCAGGAUACGCUGGGGAAAAAUUGCAAGGCGAAGUUGGCCGUAUCACGGGAUUAGAUCCUGCGGAGCCCAAUUUCCAGGGUAUGCCCAGCCACAUUCGAUUAGAUUGGACGGACGCUCAGCUUGUUGAUGUUAUUCAUACCGAUGGGAAAAGUAUCUUCUUUCUAGGAUAUGGAAUGAGUCAGCCGUGCGGGCACUUGGAUUUCUACCCAAACAAUGGAAAGGAGCAGCCAGGAUGUACAGAUUUAAGUGAGACAACACCUUCACUACCGCUCACACUAAUCAGAGAAGGUCUUGAGGAAGCGUCUCGCGUCCUUGUUGCCUGCAAUCACAUCCGAGCAAUAAAACUUUUUAUCGAAAGUAUAAACUCAAAGUGUCAGUAUGUAGCGCACGAAUGCAAUAACUACGCAAAUUUUCUCCGCGGUGAAUGUUUCUCUUGUAAAAGUAAUAACAGUCUCAGUUGUGGCAUUAUGGGCUAUCAUGCUGACCAGAGUCCUGCUUUGGUGAAAAGGUUAGCAAUGGGCCAGUCUGCCAGUACUUCUUUACUUGGUUCUAAAUUUUAUGUUUCUACUGGCAAAGAAGAUCCUUACUGUCGAAGACAUUAUAGAAUAACAAUUAAUUUAGCAAGACCGCAAACUGCUGAAAGUUGGGUUCAAGGUUUUAUGAAAGUUACGCUACACGCUGAAAAUGGGAUUAUACGUAACAUGGAUCUUACUCCGAACGGGUAUAUGAGGCUAGAGCAUGGUACCACAAGAAAGAUAGUAGUGGCACACCCUGGAGGUGCAGCUAAUGAUAUGGGGAAAAUUCGAAAAGUAGAGCUCGCUUGGACGAAAAGAGAAACAGAUUUCUCGAGUAAACUCUGCUCAAUUCAAGGCCGUAAAAGUUACGCUGAAAUAACGAGUGGUUCUAGUUCUGCUUUUGUUGAUAAUUUAGUUUCUCUUACCGUAUGGUUUUAUUUGUACCAUAAUCAAAAUGAAAAUAUUUCGAUAACAAAAACAAAUACAAGCCUGAAAAAUUACUCAGAAGUAAAAAAUAUUCACCAAAAUGGCCGAUGCGCACUAUCAAAUUCAAACUGUAGUUUCAAAAACUCGACCAAUAGUGAUAAUAAAAAGUUGGAAAUACCCGAAGUUGAAUUAAAAAAUAAUGAAGAUAGUAUUGAUGAUGAUAAUAGUAAUACAACUGUAUCAAUUGAAGUGAAAAUACCUCCAAGAUCAAUGAUUGACGAUAAAAACUCGACGGAAGAUGAUUUUACGGAAGUUUUGAUACCAAUUGAACCAAAAGUUAGUAGUGACGUGCCUUUAGAGGAUAAUCAGGAAAGUAAUGAAGAAACACAACCAUCAGCAUUAAAAAAUGAUACAGAGAGUGUUUCAACAACAUCAACAACAACGACAACUACAACAACAACAACAACAACAACAACAACAACAACUACGACAACUACAACUUCAGCGCCAGUUGAUGAUGACAAAAAUAUUACAGAUGAUGAAGACAACUCUGAAAAAGAAGAGUUUAUAAAUACAAGUUUUGUACUUUACACACGUAAUAACACAAUAAAGGGACAAAUUUUAAAUGAGGGUAACCAUUACUUAGUAAAGUCGUCAAAUUUCGAUCCAAAACGAAAAACCAAGUUUAUUAUCCACGGAUAUAUUGACUCGUCAUUAACGGAUUGGGUUAAGGAUAUGAAAAAUGAAUUACUUGAAUAUGAUGAUUACAACGUAAUUACCGUCGACUGGGCUGGAGGUAGUUCGAUAGCAAUAAUAUACACUCAUGCUGUCGCAAACACUAGGAUAGUUGGUCUAGAAAUUGCACAUUUUAUAAACCACCUGCAUGUAAAAUAUGGAUUGAAAUUGGACGACGUUCAUCUGAUAGGCCACAGUCUUGGUGCCCAUACUGCAGGAUACGCUGGAGAAAAAUUACAAGGUAAAAUUGGACGUUUAUCAGCACUAGAUCCUGCCAAGCCCUACUUUGAAAAUAUGUCCAAUGAUGUGCGCUUAGAUCCGACUGAUGCGCAAUUUGUUGAUGUUAUCCAUACCAGUAGCAGAAACAUUUUUCGAUUAGGAAUAAAUCAUCCUUGUGGACACUUGGAUUUUUAUCCGAAUAAUGGCGAUGAUCAGCCAGGAUGUACCAGUGUAAUUCUUACAAAUAUUUGCAACCAUGUACGCGCGAUAAAACUCUUUACUGAAAGCAUUAAUUCUAAUUGCCAAUUCACAGCCUAUGAAUGCGAUAGCUAUGACAAUUUUAUUGAAGGUAAUUGUUUUUCUUGUAAUAAUAACAACAGUCUGAGUUGUGCAAUUAUGGGCUACCAUGCCGACAAAAGUCUUGUUUUGAAACAAAGAUCAAUUGUAGACAAAUCGAUAACUGAUUCAUUAAUUGGUAGCAAAUUUUUUAUUUCUACUGGUGAUCGAAAUCCUUUUUGCCAAACUCCGUAUAGAAUAGCAAUUCAAUUAACAAAAACAAUCCAAGCUAAAGAAUGGGUUAGUGGUCUGAUCAAUGUCACAUUGCAUGCAGAUGAUGGAAUCAUACACAAUAUGCAACUUACUCAAAACGAUAAUCGACUGAAAUUGUAUUACGGAGAAACAACUAGAGUAGUAGCAGUUCCGCCGGCAAGUUUUAAAGGUGACAUAGGAAGAAUACGAAAAAUUGAACUUACAUGGACUUGUAGUAGUGAAACGUUUCUCCUAUUUUGUUGCUCUUCGUGUGAUGAUCCAUUGUAUGUGGAAAAAAUAAUUGUUGAAAAGCCAGAUUUACUGGGCCGAGGGAUAAACAAGGCUAAUUUCUCGAGUACACUCUACCCGGUUCAAGGAUCCCGAAAUUAUACUGAAGUAACAAGCGGUUCUAGUGAAACUUUUGUUGAUAAUUACGAAGAAUACAAGGAUACACAAAUAACAUUAGAGACUAAUCCGACGACAAUAAUAACAUUAAUCUUGAAAAAUUUAAUGGGAAAAGUACUGAUGAAGAAAAUAUAA